GUUUAAAAAAGUGUGUGUUGUGUUUAUAAAGAACUAUACCAAUAAACAUUAUAACCAAUUUUGGUAAUGGCUACAGUCUUCAUGAACACAUAAAUUAGCACUGAAACAGGCUCACUGAUUUUCAAAAUGUCUCAGCGCCGCCAAAAUAUAUCCAUGGAAACAGAAGAAAAUCUAGGGGGAGCGAUCAACGAAUGUGUUCGCUACAUAGUCAUUCGUGAAGGCAGCAAAAUACCUAUAAAACGCGCUGAAAUCGCGAAACACUUGAAUUCUACGUGUCAAACACCUUCGAACCAAGUGAACAGUGUAGUUAUUGAAGCAAAUAAAAUAUUAAAAAAAGUUUAUGGUUAUAAGCUGAUUCAAGUUGAAUCCAAGAGUGGUAUCCAGUAUAUCGUAGUGCUUAAUGAAGAGAGUGACUUGGAGCCAAGUUGUGUCUCCAAUCCUCAUCAUAGACGGAUGUUGAUUGCUGCUCUCACACACAUUUAUAUGACUGGAGGACCAGUCAAGGAAGAUGAAAUGUGGAAGUUUUUGUCUGAAGCUGGUCUCAUGGAAGAGGAUGACCACACAGCAAGGAAAGUUCUGACCAACACUCUCACUAGACAACUAUAUUUGCAAUUUUCUAAGGUAGGCGAAGGGGAACUGGCUAGAAAUGUAUUUGAAUGGGGUCAACGGGCGAUGGAAGAGGUACCUAAAAUGUUUCUCCUGAAUAAAAUGGCAGAGGCUUUCGGAAAAGAUCCUAAUCAUUGGCAUGAACAAUAUAAAGAAGCCACAGAAGAAACUAAUUCAUAACUACAUUAUCCCUAGUUGUAUUGAAGUUUUCUAUUAUUAUACGUAAAUUUGCCAGAAUUCUAUAUUUAUCUUGUCAGCUUGUUA